AUGGCCUUGAAGAAGAUCUUGCAUAGAAUUAAUGGGAAAUUCAUGGUUCAUAGGCCAUUUAUAAGGAAAACACUGAGUACUAUAUUCUAUCGAUUUGUUUUUGAAACAGAUAGGCAUAAUGGGAUAGCCGAGUUGUUAGAGGUUAUUGGGAGUGUAAUUAGCGGGUUUGCUUUGCCAUUAAAGGAAGAACAUAAGAUGUUCUUAGUAAGAGCUUUGAUCCCACUUCGUAAGGCUAAAAAUAUGGGGGCUUAUCUUCAACAGUUAUCAUUUAGUGUCAUUCAGUUCGUAGAGAAGGAACCCAAAUUAGCAAGGACAGUUAUAAGGGGGUUGUUGAAGUACUGGCCAACCACUAAUAGCCAAACCACUAAUAGCCAAAAGGAAGUGAUAUUUAGGGGGAAUUGA